AUGUGUUUAUUUUUCGAUCGUCAGCCCAUAUCUUGCAGUGUUCAAAUUUUUGCUGACAUUUAUUUAGGCUUUACAUCUAUAGAUGUACUAAGUUGUACCUGCUCGACUCUCCAGCAGGUCCUCGUCCACCAUGGUCUAUUCCCAACCGCGCCUUCACAGCCUCGGAUGGCUGUGUCUGUUGACUUGCUUUCAUUCUACCGCGCGUUGUUUGAGCGCUCAUGUGACGCGAUUAACGCACUCGCAUCAGCGCUCAAAAAUCAUUAUUCCCGGCGGGGUUACCAGAUGACUGAUGCCCAGGACCCCUUCCGCCGAGGCCUCGGCUAUGCCGUCCAAUGGUAUGACAUCCUGCAAGUUGAAGUUGAGCGCCAAGUCGAGAUGGUCGUUCAACAACAUCGUGAUCAUAUAGCAAAGUUUCAAGUGUCCUCUCGAGUCCCAAAUUCGCCUUCGCUCACUCAAUGCGCACCCCUUCUAGUGCAACGGUGUCCUGCUUGCUUUGCAGGUAUACUCCAUGGUAGAUCCACAGAUGAAGGAGGUGACAUCCACGUUGCAAUGGACGGUAAUUUCCAUCACCGUCAUCGACGUGCUGCUGGAGACUGUCCAAAUUUCUAUGACCCUACCUAUUUUCUGCCCAAAAGCUUUGUUGACGCAAUUGGGCACCAUAUCGACACUCAACAUAAGCGACCCGUGAAGUCUUACGUGCCCCUCAUCCCCAACGAAGCUGUUGACCAAUGCGAGAAUGCUUACGAGGCUGCUGAUGGCAAAAAACAGAAGGCCGCUAUGGAUAGCUUUGACGACACUGGAAUCAUGGCCCUUAUCUGUCGUCAUGACAUCCCAUUAUUUUUUGCCAAUAUAGAUUCACCUGGAGAACAGCAGAAGUAUUCAGUAGCUUUACUUCACCACUUCUUUUCAUUUCUUCCGCCUGAAGCUACUGUCGUAGCUCUUUACGAUAUCGGCUGUGUUUUGGCACGAACACUCUCCAAGUAUGACAUUCUUCCCAUAAGUAUCACCUCACGCCUUCGAUUUGCAACCACUGCAAUGCACGCAUAUGGGCACGAGUGGGCUUGCCAGCUCGUAUAUAAUCCACGAAUAUGUGUGGGUCUUGGCUUAUCCGAUGGCGAAGGGACCGAACGCCUUUGGUCUCGCUUAGUUCGAUUGAUAGGUGUUGAGCGCACUUCUAGUGUAUCAGUAGCUAUAGCUUCAGAGAUGCGAAUUGACCUUGGCGACUGGAUCAAACGACGCCUCAGACGGGGCAUCAAGGAACAAGGUUCGGCAGCCCAAGACGCGCUAGAUCGAUGUGGGGUUCCCAUCGAAGAAUUGCAGUCCGAGUGGUUGCAGCAAAGGCAUUCUCAGUUAUCUAUCCGUGCUCAUAGGUUUUAUACAAUUUUAAUGGCGUGA